AUGACUAUUCCGGAUGAGGUAGAUAUCAUUAUCUGUGGUGGCGGCAGCGCUGGGUGCGUGCCCGCUGGCCGCCUCGCAAAUCUCGACCAUAAUCUCUCUGUUUUAUUGAUCGAGGCAGGAGAAGAUAACCUUAAUAAUCAAUGGGUAUAUCGCCCCGGCAUAUAUCCAACUAACAUGAAGCUUGACUCGAAGACUGCUUCUUUCUAUCAUUCUCGACCAUCGGAACACCUUGAUGGUCGUCAAGCUAUAGUGCCUUGUGCUAACAUCCUCGGAGGUGGAAGCUCAAUUAAUUUCAUGAUGUACACUCGUGCAUCGGCUUCUGAUUAUGAUGAUUUUCAGGCAAAGGGGUGGUCAACUGAUGAAUUGCUGCCUCUUAUGAAGAAGUAUGAGACUUACCAAAGAUCCUGCAAUAACCCGAGCCUGCAUGGGUUUGAGGGGCCAAUUAAAGUUUCAUUUGGAAACUACACGUACCCAAUCACGCAGGAUUUCCUUCGGGCGGCCGAGUCGCAAGGUAUUCCCACCACAGAUGAUCUUCAAGACUUGAAGACAGGCCAUGGCGCAGAACAUUGGUUAAAGUGGAUCAAUCGUGAUACUGGUCGACGAAGCGAUGCAGCCCAUGCAUACGUUCAUAGUACCCGAGCCAAAUACUCCAAUCUUCAUCUUAAAUGCAACACUAAGGUUGACAAGGUUAUUAUUGAAAAUGGUCGCGCAGUGGGCGUAGCCACAGUUCCAACAAAGCCCCUUGAUGGGAGCGACCCACCCCGAAGAAUCUUCCGAGCACGCAAACAAAUUAUCAUCAGUGGUGGUACUCUGAGUUCACCCCUUAUUCUUCAGCGAUCAGGAGUUGGUGAUGCAGAAAAGCUUCAGCGGCUUGGCAUCAAGCCUUUGGUGAAUCUUCCAGGAGUUGGUCGAAACUUCCAAGAUCACUACCUCACUUUCUCUGUGUACAGAGCAAAGCCAGAAGUUGAAACUUUUGAUGAUUUUUUAAGAGGAGACCCAACCGUCCAGAAAAAGGUCUUUGAGGAAUGGAAUACUAAAGGUACAGGGCCACUAGCAACCAAUGGUAUAGACGCAGGGGUCAAGAUCCGGCCGACGCAGGAGGAGUUGAACGAUAUGAAGAAAUGGCCUACCCCGGAGUUUGUCAAUGGAUGGGAGUCAUACUUCAAGAACAAACCAGACAAGCCCGUCAUGCACUAUUCAGUUAUCUCGGGAUUGUUUGGAGACCACAUGUUGAUGCCUCCAGGGAAGUUCUUCACCAUGUUUCACUUUUUGGAGUACCCAUUCUCGCGAGGUUCAACCCAUAUUCAGUCGUCUGAUCCAUACGCUGUGCCUGACUUUGAUGCGGGCUUCAUGAAUGAUAAACGUGACAUGGCGCCCAUGGUAUGGGGAUAUGUCAAAUCGCGUGAGACGGCCCGUCGCAUGGGCGCUUAUGCUGGAGAGGUGACAAGCAUGCACCCUCACUUUGCUUACGACUCAAAAGCUCGAGCAUAUGAUCUGGAUUUGGCAACCACCAAGGCUUACGCUGGCCCAAAUCAUCUUUCGGCGGGCAUUCAACAUGGUAAGAGUGAACCAUGUUUUUAUAUCGUUUUCUUUGAUCUACGAAUGACAGAAAAAAAUGCAGGUUCAUGGACUCAACCCCUGGAGCCUGGGAGGUCGUCGUCGACAUCCACUCUCAACUCUAAUCGCCAUGAAGUUCGUGAAUCUCUUGAAUACAGCAAGGAAGAUAUUGCACACAUUGAAAAAUGGGUUCAACGUCAUGUCGAGACCACAUGGCACUCCCUCGGUACUUGCAGCAUGGCACCAAGAGAAGGAAGCUCAAUCGCACCACAUGGUGGUGUUGUUGAUGAGAGACUCAACGUUCACGGGGUGAAGGGACUUAAAGUUUGCGAUCUAUCUAUCUGUCCUGAUAAUGUAGGCUGCAACACUUUCAGCACCGCUCUACUGAUUGGUGAAAAAUGUGCUGUCCUCGUUGCAGAGGACUUGGGCUACUCUGGCGCGGACUUGAACAUGGACGUGCCAAAUUAUCAUGCACCAGGGGAAUUUGGCAAACUUGCUCGCCUCUGA